AUAAAGCCGCAGCGCUGCACAUGUGGAGCCACAGAAACAGGAUUCAUGCUCAGCUCAGGUUCCUCUGCGGAUUAUUCCUCAUUUCACAAAAGAUGGAUUUUAAACUCUGGAUCUCCGCGCUGUGCGUGACGUUCUGCGCAGCUCUGUGUGCGCCAGCCGCGGAGACGCGCUCCGCCGCACCUGCCAGCGCGCAGCGCCAUGUGCGCAACAAGCGCUGCUCCUGCGCAACGUUCCUGGACAAGGAGUGCGUCUACUUCUGCCACCUGGACAUCAUCUGGGUCAACACACCUGAGCGCGUGGUCUCCUACGGACUCGGGAACGCGCCUCGGGCCAAGCGCGACCUGUCGGUCUCCAUGGCAACCAGGCGCGCGCCCAGGUGUCGGUGUCUGCAUGGAAAUGACAGCAGCUGCGUGAACUUCUGCCUCAGGUCAGAAAUGAUGACGGGCGCGCGCAUGCGUUCUCCAGGUCACGCGCGGACAGAAGACAAGGGCGAACCCAACAGGCCUGAAGGCGUCAGCGCCGCCAGCCGGGUCCAUCCCGCCGUGUUCGGAGCGGUCCGGCGGAUCCGCCUGCUGCUGGACAAAUGGCCGGCGCGGCGGCGUCACCGGGCCACAGCGUGGCAGGGCGAGAGCGCCGCAUCCUAAACGGGACGCGUCUCUUCAGAGUUCAGACUGAAACACACGGCAGCAGGGCCGUAACCGGAGCUGAGCGCCGCCAGGGGCCCAGGCGGACACCUGGGCUGCAGCGCCCCCCGCAGGUGGAAAACACCUGGACCCGAUUCCCACAGAGCAACAGAGACUCACCUUCAGGGACUCCAGCCGCAGUCUCACGGGAAACAUGGAAGAGUCGCAAAACCUCAAUACUUCCUGGUCAAAGACACAAAUCAUCAGUUUUUUUAUGACUCAAGAGACAAAAUAAUAAUAAUAUUUUGAAUAAUUUCAUCAAAUGUUUAAGAAAGUCAAGAAACGAGAGCUGCAUCCCAUGAAGGAUGCAAAGAAAUCGAGAUUCAGAGAAGAAAAUCUGAUUUUCAUCCUGAAAGCUUUUUUUCAUCUACUUGUAAUUUUUACAGCCUGUUGGAAGUUUAGAUAGUUUGUAUUUUUAAAACAAAAGCUGUUUAUUUGGUCAGUAAGAUUUUCAUUUUGUCUGAAAUGUAUUUCAAGUCUAAAAAAUGUAAAGUAACUAAAGUGUUUAAAUCUAAAAUAUGCUGGAAACUGUUCCACAUUUUCCCAAUCCGCUCCAUGUUUUUUCUGAUCCACGCCACGUUUUCCGUUUUGAGGCCGUUUUAAUCUGGAAAAACGACUCGGAGUCAAAGUGGGACUCUGAAAGAAACAUUUCAAAAGAAACGUGAGGAAGAGGAGCUGAGGUGAUGAUGAUGAUGAUGAUGAUGAUGUCCGGUUUUCCUCGGACUCGACUGAAACCAGAACUGCUGGACUUUUUUCCUCUUCACUCCUGUAAUUUAUGUUUUCCUCUCUGAUUUAUUUAUUAAUUCCUGCGGAGGCCAUAUUGGUCCGUUUCAUGUCUGUCGGGUUCAUUUCUGUGAAAUGGUGCCGAAUUCUGGCCAAUAAAUUUAUUUAUCACUAA